CGCUGAGUCAAAGAGGUGGAUCUGUAACUAUUUAUUCUACUGUUGAGAGGCAGUCUUGGCGUGCCUGCCUGACGCGGUUCACCUUUUUCAGUGAAAUUGAAGCGCGUCGGCUGAAGUUACUCUGCGUGCAAAAUGUCGAAAGAUAUCCCACGUGAGCCAGAGCAGCUUCGCAAGCUGUUCAUCGGCGGAUUGAGCUUCGAAACCACAGACGAAAGUUUGCGGGCCCAUUUCGAACAAUGGGGUAGUCUUACUGAUUGUGUGGUCAUGAGGGAUUCCAACAACAGGCGAUCCAGGGGGUUUGGCUUUGUCACCUACUCAUCAGUACAGGAGGUGGAUGCUGCUAUGUCAGCUCGUCCCCAUAAGGUGGACGGAAGAGUGGUUGAACCUAAGCGUGCCGUCUCCAGAGAGGACUCCAACCGACCGGGCGCUCAUGUCACAGUCAAGAAAAUAUUUGUUGGGGGUAUUAAGGAAGACACCGAGGAACAACACUUGCGUGACUAUUUCGAGCAAUUUGGCAAGAUUGAGGUGGUUGAAAUUAUGAACGAUCGGAAUACCGGAAGGAAGAGGGGCUUUGGUUUUGUGACUUUUGAUGACCACGAUGCAGUGGACAGGAUCGUCAUUCAGAAAUAUCACACCAUUAACUCCCACAACUGCGAAGUGAGAAAGGCCCUCCCGCGACAGGAUAUGCAGUCCUCGGGAAUGAGAGGAGGAGGAUUUUCAGGCGGACGCAGCGGCGGUGGAGGCGGUGGCGGGCGGCCCUAUGACUACGACAGAGGUUACAACCAGGGAAGCAGGGGUAGAUAUAGUGACAACUACAACGGCAAUGAUGGAGGCUAUGGAGGUGGAUAUAACAAUGGAGGGAACCGCAGCUAUAGCCAAGGAUACAACCAGGGAGGAGGAGGAGGCGGCGGCGGUGGAGGCUACGGCGGAAAUAACUACGACAGCAACGGUUACGGAUGCGGAGGGGGUGGCAGCUACAACAUGGGUCACUAUGAUUCUCAGUCCUCCAACUUUGGCCCCAUGAAGAACAACUUUGGCGGCGGCGGCGGUGGAGGCGGCAGCAGGAGCUAUGGUGGCUAUGGGGGAAACUCAAACAGUGGCUAUGGACGUCAAGGGCGAUUUUGAAGUGACUAAAGGGGGCUGAGUACUUAGGAGAGGAAGUGACAGCAAGAGGAGAGCAAGGAGAGGAAGUGACAGGGCAGCUGCAGGUGUACCUCCUAAAUCUGCUCAGCCAAACACGUGGCAGGUUACUUCCGCAGCGACAGAUGUAUACUAGGUUAAACAAAAAAAAAUGGAGGGUGGUGUUCCAUUAAGCGUUUUUGUGUUUUGAUUUUGUUUUAUCAAAUUUUGUUUCUGGAAAGCAAGCAUUCCAAUGAGGGUUUUAUGUAGAUAUGUUGUCCUUAAUCUCUGGUUUUAUUUGUAACUGCAUCCAAGUUGAGCUGAAAUAAACAAACUUUCAGUCUUUUUACAAA